AUUCUACGAGGAACGUUAUACGUGGCGUGAUGGACUAACUGAGGAUUACAGUGCGCUAACUAACAAGGAUUUGUGUUUCGUCGCUUAUUGUGAAAUCAUUCUGUUCAUCUGCCAUUAAUAAUUUGAGGACUGACUUUCUAGAGGGAAGACGCGGGUCACCGUUUCACUAAAUGCUCUUACGCCUGUCAAACUGUCUCAAACUGCUUACAACACACCAGUGUACACUAGGAUAUUUGGUUACAUGACUUUGGCAUAUGACGUCAAAGCAACAGGCUGCAAUAAAAAUCCUGACUGCAUAAUGCUGCAUUCGUUCUUGGAAAAUUGUCAUGUGAAAAUUGUGGAUGUAUGUGCUUUUUUGGUGCAUGGAUUCUAAAUAUUUAUAUACAUUUAGGCUAACAUGAAAACGAUUUACAGUAGGUCUAAGACAAUAAUAAAUUCUAUUGCGAUGUUGCCAAAUCUCAUAAAACCCAAAAUAUUUUUUUAACUAAAUUAUUUUAAAAAUGUUUUAGUUAAGAACUGGCUAUUUAUAUAGUAGUCUUCAUUUGAAGUGGAUCAAAAAAGUUAAUCAAAGUUGACCUAAGGCUAUUGUUUUGGUUUUAGGACAACUUUGAUGAAACCACUUCAAAUGUUGACUACUGUAGGCUAUAAAAAGCCUAAUUCUUAACAUGAAUCAGGUUAGGCUAAAUUACAUUUUAACAAUAGUAAGCAGACAUGGCAGCACUCCUGAGCUUCUGUGGGACACCCAUUUAACUCUGGGAUGCAAAAAUGAUUAACUCAAAAAGGACUCCAUUUGUCCUCCAACAUCAUGUGCUUUGAGAGAGUUAAGUUACACACCUGUCCAUUAGGCUUACUGCAGUUGUAAGCUGGGUGCACAAUGCACGAUUUAUAGCCUAAUAGUUUUUACGAUUGUUGCUUGUCAGACUGUACGAAUAUGAUGAUUCCACCCUGUGGGAUCUGAGUUGUCAUUAAUGUCAGACUGUAGGACAGUCCGGACGCGUUAAAAGCUAGUGCGCGGAAGAACACUUGUCUGGAGUUCUACAUUAUCAACCCUUUCACAUUAAAAUACCUGCGUAUUAAGUAGCCAAUAUUAACCGCGCCGGAGUUUAUGACGGUUAGAAGAAAAAUCUCUAGCAUUAAGUCUAAUUAUGACUUGUCUUGAAAAACGAAGACAAUUUGACGUUCGUCUUAUAAGAAGUCACACUGCCGGACGUCAAAUCUUCUGACACUGACAGAAUUACGUCUGAGGUAAAAUUUGGUCGUUAGAACAUGUCAAACUACCCAUCAAAGACUUAAGAUUUUAGCCUAGGAUCGGAAUCUUUUAGGAUUUUUGCGAAAUUUGUGUCAAAUCAAAUAUGUGUGCCCGUCUUGUUUUGAUAUGAUCCCAUAUAGCACAUGUACGUCUAACGUUAGAUGUUUGUUAAAAGAUAGCUUGAUCUGGAAAGCAUCUGCUGUGUACAAACAUCUGACAGACGUCUUUAAGGUGUCAGUUUUACAUACAUUCUAAAUCAUAGACAUCUUAAAGACAACUAAACAUCUAUUUGACAUCUAACAGGAUACAGACAUAUUGCAGAUGAGCCAAAACUUUAAAAAUAAUAAUAAUACGUCUUGCAGAUGUAAAUGUAGAGGUCAAAUAGACGUCUCCGUGAUGUACUUGUGCUAUCAGGGAUGUAAAUUUUGUUGGCAAACUAGGCCAGUAGUGGUAUGAAACACUGUUCACACAAAGUCACUUUCACACAAGCAGUUUUCAGUUAGUCAACCAGAGAAUUCUCGUGACCAGCUUGAAAAUCUGUGUGAGGAACUUUCAUGUCCUCAGGAGAAACUUUCAGAAAAAUUCGUCCAACAAUGUCAAAUGUGAGCGCACUUUAAAGGUGGUUUGGAUGUAUUUAAAUAUAGCUUUUAAUUAUCUGUUCACUACAGUUGGCACCAUGGCAGGCAUGCAUACUUUCAUUUAAUCCCGCGCGAUCAGGCUAUGCCUCCGAGCAGGGCUGCCAAGUUUUCACAACAAAACUCUCGGGUUCCACCGGUAAAUAUCGCAUUUGUCACCUAGUUUUGGCGGGAUUCCCGAAGUAAAAUUCGCAUCCCAAAGGCUAAAUCUUCAACCCGCGGCAAUAGUGUUAAAUAUAUCACAAUUCCGCGGGGAAAAAGUGGACCUGGCAACACUGCCUCCGAGACAGCAGAGGAAUCGCUCGAUCGGCGCGUGGAGGAAUGUUUUUGUUUUAGAAUGUAAAUUGCGAUUGAGACACGAAUGGCUCAAAUUGAAUUCGCAUUAUCUCAAGUGAAACGGCGGGGGGUGAAAUGAGGGGCACAUUUCACCCCCCCAAGUGCUUCAAGUGAUCUGAAAAUGUAAACAAUUAAUUAAGCCAACUGCAUGGUGCAUCUUGUUUAUAAUGCCACUGAAACCACAUAGGUAUCAUCAUAAAAUUAGUUAAUUAAAUUUGCCAGCACAAUUAACAUUUCUUAUUCUAACCUUUAUUUAUUUAUUUACCAUUUCACUGCAAUAGCUCAGAUUAAAACACUCUAUUUGUACAGUAUGAAAUAUUAAGGUAAAUUGUGCUACUUUAUAACUGCCAAAACUUUUUGUUUUGCCAAAACCUUUUAUUUUACUUACAUUCAACAUAUGUGACAUACAAAAGGUCCUUUGUUGUGUAUAAUGAUUUAAAAGUUAAGAAUUAUUUAUAUUUUCAUGUAAUGCAAGGCAACUUUAACUCUAAUCAAGAUAAUCUACUGAUAUAUCAACCCCCCUUGCACAGACACACACCACCCCCCAAACAAAUGAGGGCUGAGGUGUAACCGUAACAGCCAAUCGGAGCAAAGAGGGUGUUACAAAACUUGUAUAAAUAGCUCAGGUGAGACAGGUGUCAGGUUGUGAUGCACCUGACCACUCCACCUGCAUUAGACAGAGGCAGCAGAGCAUAAGGAGGUGUUUUCUCUCAGAACAAACAGAAGAAAAAAGGAGGAAAGCAUGACAUCAUUUGUUCCACAGUCCCUCUCACCCCAGUUCCACACCAUGGGACAGGAGCCCCAAGAGUUCAGCCUGUAUGGUGACAACUUCUACAGCACUCAGCCUGUGCCCAGUCCACAGCAAACCCUGCCGUCCGCUUACGAUUUCGGAGAAUACUCCGGCCAGACUUCCAACCCUUACCUGUGGUUCAAUGGACCUGGACUCAAUCCAGCUCCGUGUCUCAGCGGAGGGCCUCAGCACUAUGGGAUGCCAAAGCCAUACGUAGGAGCAAGCGGGAUCGGAGGCUCCGAUGGGGGCUUCAGCUGGUUCUCCCUGCCUUCCCAAGAAGAUCUGAUGAAACUCGUAAGGCCUCCGUACUCGUACUCAGCACUUAUUGCGAUGGCAAUACACGGAGCCCCAAACCGUCGCCUCACUCUCAGCCAAAUCUACCAGUAUGUGGCUGACAACUUCCCCUUCUACAACAAGAGCAAAGCCAGCUGGCAGAACUCAAUCCGGCAUAAUCUUUCACUCAACGACUGCUUCAUGAAAGUACCCAGAGAUGAUAGCGAUCCAGGUAAAGGCAACUACUGGACUCUUGACCCAAACUGUGAGAAGAUGUUCGACAAUGGCAACUUCCGUCGCAAGAGGAAGAGAAAGUCUGACUCUCUGGCCGAAGAAGAGGGAAAAGGCUAUUCCGGAUCGGACUCGGCUCUAUCGAGUCCUAAAGAGCCCAGUGACACCUCAGAAAGAGGAAACUCUCCGCUCUCCACAGAUCCAACUCCGUGUCUCAAUGGCUUUCUAAGUCAAAUGGGUGAUGUGGCUUCAGGCUCUCCUUUAGCUUUGCCUUUGAGCCAAAGAUCUUCUCCGACUGGGGCGUAUGGCUCGUACUCUCCGGGCGCUACCGUGCCGCAAUGGGAAACCCACAUCCCUCCUCCCGUCCCAUCCAACAUCUCCACUUCGCCUACUUCGUACACAGAGAGCUACAGUGACUCUAUGCUCACUCCGUACACCAGCCAGCUCUAUCCUGUGCUGGGAUCCUCCGACUUACUGUAUCCGCGGGAGGGAACAGAGGUGUAGCACGGGAUGUAGCGCCGUCAGGUAUGAAUCGUGGCCGCAGGCACUUGAGGGAGCGGUCGGCCUGCAUCGUGAGCCAAGUUCCCAGUGCAGUGCCUGAGUCAGCAGGUCCGAGUGGACACAGAGGAGAUUCCUGCUAUCAGACGGUUGUGUGAAUGCCCUCACACGCUCUUCUCAGACUCACCUGCUGACAUCAUCUAAUUCAUGUUGCAGCUGAAAGACAACAGUAAUCACCCCGGGCUACUGCUCCCAGUCCCGUUUUUUAUGUUGUGUUUUUUGUUAUGUUUUUGCAAUGCAUUUCAAUUCUGUUAAAUUAAAAGCCUAGAACAUACAUAAAUGCACUGACGUUUGACAUAAAUAUGAAUUUGUCCAUUGUUCAAUAUUAUGUUUUUGUAUUGCUCACUUUAUAUAUUCUGUGAUUGUAAUAUAUAUUGUAUUUGCCAAA